AUGUACGCCAUGAUCUCGAUCGACGGAUUUCCGGAAUCUUUCACUCUUGCCGAUCAGUCGAAAGUCAGGGAGCCGUUUGUUUUGUUCAACAUCGAUCCGCAGAGCGUGUUUGUUGGGUCUUACAAAACGACGUUGUCGGUGCAAGGCUACCAAGGUAAGCGCUAUCGCGAUCGUCCGCCGGUGUCGUUUGUCAAGCAGCAUGCGACUCAUCUCACCGGUUGCAUUAGCGACUUCUGGUUUAACGACUACUGGAUGCCGUUGGAAAGGAACGAUUCGGUGGUGUACGCGACAAUCUCGAAGCUCGAGAAUAUUGGCAACCAGUGCCCCCUGUUGAGCACUUGCGAAAAACUGCCGAACCUAUGCAGUCCACCGUUCAUAUGUGUCGACUUUUGGAAAGGUCCGUUUUGCACUUGCCCCGACUUUCGAUCGGCGUUCAUCGAAAACGGCAAGCUGGUCGGCUGCGGCGGCAGUCUCGCUGCUCUCCACUUGGGUAUCACUGGCGGAGCCGUCGCUGCCAUCAUCGUCACCCUCGUAUCUUUGAUAUUUCUGGUGCUGUUUUUCGUGAUCUAUUCACAACGACGACGCUCAACGCCUUACACCUCCCCAGAUGACGACAUCCGCGAGAACAUCAUGCAUUACAAUGAAGAAGGCGGCGGGGAGGAAGACCAGGAUGCGUACAACAUCGCCGCACUGCGUAAACCCGUGCUACCUAUAGAGGACAAUGCACUGAAGCUUCCGAAUGGUGAUGCAAAGAGGAAGCCCGUUCAUCCUGAUGAUCUCGAUGCUUUCAUCCGUGAUAGACUGCAGGACGCAGACCAAGAUCCGGAUGUACCACCCCUUGAUGAACUGCGUUUAUAUGUGAAUGAAGACGACACGGAAUCCGUUGGGAGCCUGUCUUCGUUGUCGUCUGAUGAAUCAGACAUCGACUGGGAAGAGGUAAACAGAUGGGACCAGCGGUUCAAGAAUUUAGCCGACAUGUAUCGGGAACCAAAAGAAUAG